GCCUUCCCCCGGUAAUCAGUUCAGCACGAGCAUCGAGCGAAACAGGUCGGGCUGACGACGGUCGGACAGAGUUUUCCUCCCCGAAACAAGAAGUUCAUAUUUUCUUUCUAGAUGCGACAGUUUCCCUUUUCCACCCCAGGCGCGUUACCCGUUUCCUCGCUAGAUUUGUUGUAGCGCGCGCAGGUUCCCCUGCCAACGAUGUGAUAGAAGUCCGCGACGUAAACAAAAUGUGUGUGCCUUUUUUUCUACUUGACGCGUAAUGUAACCUUUGGUGUCUCUGGCGGAAAGGACUCUUCGUGUGCUUGAAACAGGAAGUGGUGAUUCAUAGUGCAGAAAGGAGCUGUUUCAUUACAACUGUUUCUUUUUUUUAAUUAAUGCUGCGACGUUUAUAAGUGAUAAGUGCAUUCAAGUGAAUUGUACAGCUGCAGUACUGGUAAAGUGCUAAUCAGUAUUCGUUAAUCAGUGGAGUAAUUGCCAAAUGUAACAUCCCCCUGUCGGUGAUCGCGAAGAAGCUACGUUCCUUACCGUAUGUCGCAAAAUCAGUCUCAUGGGCGUUUCUCGCCAAGCCAGUCAGUGGCUGGGAUAGGUCUACCCUGAAGUGAGCUGGGAUGGAUGAAGAAGUGAUGGUGACGUUCCCCGUCGUAGUUUUAUUAGCCGUAACAAUUAUGUCACCUUCCGUUCUGGGAUGUGCCGGCAUAGCAACGAACGAAGUGCACGUGGAGUGCCAAGAGGAUACGAAACUGGCCGCCAACAAAAUGGUGCAACCGACCGCCUCCAUGACGGAGUUCUACAAGGAACAUGAGGUGACCGAAACGGAGUCCCGACUUGCCCUGCAGCAGUUGGAUCUGAACGAAAUCAACAAGGUGCCAGCCUGGUGCGACGGAUGCGGAAUUGAUAAGAUUCAUUUUUGCCGGUCGGCGGCAUUUAUCAACGAUCACUGCUGCUGCGAGCAUCGACAUGCGAAGGAGAAACUUCCGUGGAUCCCUCAUACUUGCUAUCUCGGAAAAGACCGGUGUCAACCUCACACGAGCUCCUGCACUAAAUACCGAGAGAUACGGGAGUGCUGCUGUGAUCGAAUACUCGUCGCACAAUAUCUGGCGAAAUUCUCCACAGGGAGUCCCACCUGCAGUCGAUUGCACAUGGCAGGGUGGAUUAUCUCACUGCUGCUGACGGCGAUUUCGGCAAUCAUCCGACUCAGCUAGUACAGCUACACGCCACCAGUGGACAUCAAAAGUCUGAGGAAAGUUAACCUGUUCGCAUCCCCACCAAAGAGAGAUAGAAGCCGUUCUUCUUCUAUUAAUCUAUAUAAACCUAUAGAUUCCAACCAAAUGGUUCAAAACUAUCGCGUUACAACACGCACGAAGUGGCAUACUACUUAUACACCAAACGUUUAUUAAUAAGUUUCAGCAAUCGAGCAGCAGUCAAACAGAGAAUCAAUCGGUCGUGCCGUACUAAAGAUGCGAUUUUGAAUGCAUACUUUAAAUUAUAAAGGCUGUGGCAGUUUCUAGUGUCGUAAUGGGUAAAAAGUAGUGCUAUACAGAAAUAAAGGAGAUGUAUUUAUAAUUUAUAUUUUAAAACCUAGUGUUCGAUUAGUAGGGAUUCGUUCAAAAAUUUUAUUUUAUAGCAGCUUGAAAUUGAGUUAAUAUUUCAUAUUAAGUUGAAAAAUAUUCCACUUAGCAUUAUGUAAAUCUAAAUCUUUGUAAAGAGUUGAAUCCAAUAAAAUAAAAUUGUAUAAAGUGAAGCA